CUCGAUACUAUUCACACUCUAUUGUACCACUGUGCAGCAAGCUUCUGUAGUUGCACUUCGUAUAUCCAUUCGCUUCACUUAGUUCUCCACCGACCUGACGAUGACUGAGCCAAAUACUGCCCCGCGCGCCGAGGUUGACCCCGCCACGACAGGCACCGCUGCGACACACGAGGAGGACAAAGAGGAGCACAAACCACGAGACAGCAAAGGCUGGGAUGGAAAAUUGAGGAUUGACAAGUCAGUCGUGGUGAAAUAUCCGGCAGACCCGAACGCAGAAGUGCAGAGCGGUGCAGAAGAGUCAGAGGAUGAAGGCCCUCCGCCUGAUGAAAUCCAGGCAGACGAAGAUCUCCUGGAUGACGUUCCAGAUGACGAAGAGGAGAUCGAACUCGUGCACUGUAAGAUUGGGGACAUGUCUUCACUGAGGCUGGAAAGGUUCAAACAGAUGAAGCGUCUCUGCCUUCGACAAAAUCGCAUACAAACCAUCGAGAUCCCGAUCGACGCCGCCGCAACGUUGACCGAAAUCGAUCUGUACGACAAUCUUAUUUCGCACGUCAAAGGCUUCGAAUCGUUCACCGAACUCACUUCGCUCGACCUCUCCUUCAACAAGAUCAAACACAUCAAACGCUUAGAUCACCUGAAGAAGCUCAAAGAUUUGUACUUUGUGCAGAAUAAGAUCAGCACGAUCGAGAACCUAGAUGGCCUGACCAACUUGCGACAAAUCGAGCUGGGCGCUAACAGGGUACGCGAGAUCCAGAAUCUGGAGACACUCACUGGCCUAGAGGAAUUGUGGUUGGGCAAGAACAAGAUCACGGAGAUUAAAGGCCUCGAUACUCUAACGAACCUCAAGAUUCUAUCCAUCCAGUCGAACCGCCUACGUGCGAUAUCUGGACUUGACAAGCUUGUCAACCUCGAAGAGCUACACAUUUCUCACAACCUGCUUACUUCGUUGGACGGUCUGGAACACAACACCAACCUACAAGUCAUCGAUAUCAGCUCAAACCCCAUCGAACAUCUCUCCGGUCUGGAAACUCUUACGCAUCUGACAGAGUUCUGGGCAUCAAACUGCAAAUUGAGCAGCUUCGCUGAAGUCGAGAAGGAGCUCAAAGACAAGGAAGAACUGGAGACUGUUUAUUUCGAAGGCAGUCCCCUCCAGAGAGCGCAACCAGCGCUGUACCGUAACAAGGUGCGAUUAGCUCUGCCGCAGAUCAAGCAAAUUGAUGCCACGUACGUGAAACAAGUGUAGUACACAUACGACAGAAUUGGUGAGAUAAAGGGCCUCAUACAUGAGCUUGAAGAAGGGAUAGAGCUCAAGAAACAAGAGAUGGAACUUAAGGAGAGGCAACGUGUAAAAGCAAGAGGCACACUGGGCGUUCGGGACAUGGUCACUGAUCUAGUGGACCUCAUCUUAGACUUUUUGAUGAUACUGUAUUUCCAUGGCGCAGGAGUCAGCAUAUGCAUAUGCAUAUACAUAGCAAGGCGUUGGAAAGGCAGGUAUUACUGGCGUAGGUUGCGAGUACUGAGACAUCAUACAAACGCAUUGUCUCUCGA